UGCGCAUUGCUUUCAAUUCGAGUUUCCACUAGCAAAUAUGAGGUUCCUGGCUCUUUUAUUCACUUUGCUGGUUGUGUUGGCGUUGGUCAGUGGCCAAAAGAAACUGGAUAAGAACGUGAAUCACAAUGUGAUCGUGAUCGGUCCAGGAGGUGCUCCUGCCACUGGUCGCGCCGCUGAGGCCGCUGAUGAAGCACUUCCGCCAAUUCGAUCCUAGAGGAUUAUUUAUUUCCAAUAAAAUAGAGACCUAGACGCUCUGUAAUAUAUUAUAAA